CCUAAUGGAUUUGUGAAGGCUAGGUGAAGGCACUCAUGACAGACCCAGAGGCGGAGGCCAGAGCCAAGCUUGAGGAUGGAGUUGUAGAGACUCCACUAACAAGUGGAGGAGAGACUGGAGUCACACAUGAACAGGUUGCAGAGACGAAGCAAAUGGAAAAUGCAAAAUUAGAGGUGGUGUCUGUUGGAGAUCAGGAUCUUCCAGCUUCCUCUCCUACACUUGAGAGCCACAAUGUCAACAUGGCAGCAGAAAACAGCACCAAUAACCCAGGACUUGAGAGUGCAGAGCAGACAGACAGUCAGACAGAAGCUAUCAACAAUAUCCAAGCACAAUGUCCAAGUCCAGGAAUGCCUGUAACUAAAGUCCAGCCCUUCCUGUCAGGUGAUCAAGCAGAAGACAAAACACUAAGAGGUCGUUUAUUUGCACGAAGAAUGGAGCUUUUAAUUGGUGUCUGCGUAUUGCUCACUGUUACCCUUGUCCUUGGCAUCGGUCUGGGAGUGGGCCUGAGCUGUAAAGGGAAGUUCCGGUGCAGCUCAUCGCUCUGUGUCAGCAUCUCUGCACAGUGUGAUGGACACAUGGACUGUGAACAUGGUGAGGACGAGCUCAGCUGUGUGCGUGUGAGUGGGAAGAGUUCAGUGCUGCAGGUGUUAAGUGGAGGAGUCUGGAGCACUGUGUGUUCAGAAACGUGGGACUCUGAUCUGGGCUUCUCUGCCUGCAAACAGCUGGGAUACUCCAGUUAUGUGGAGUCUGCUUCUCUCCCUCUCACCUCGAUUGAAGAAGAACUUCAGGAUAAUCUGGUGUCUAUCAACCUGAGCCAGCUGAGUCACCUGCAUCCAAUCAAGAUACACAACACAACCAACCUGAGUAAAACUGAAUGCAGAUCAGGGAAGAUCAUAACUUUAAGGUGCUUGGAGUGUGGCUCCCGGCCCCAGUAUAGGGCACGUAUAGUGGGGGGUAACCUGUCUCAAGAAGGCCAGUUUCCUUGGCAGGUGAGUCUUCAAUUCCAGAAUGAGCACCUGUGUGGAGGAUCUAUUGUAGCAACACAGUGGAUAUUAACAGCUGCACACUGUGUGUAUGGCUUUGCGUACCCCCCUCUGUGGACGGUGCUCGCUGGACUCACAGAGCAGCCAGCCACUGGAGCCAAGUAUCUCACUGUGGAGAAAAUUAUUUAUCAUGGCCGCUACAGACCCAAAGGCCUGGACUAUGACAUCGCCCUGCUGAAACUAUCACAACCACUUACCUUCAACGGGUACAUUGAGCCCAUCUGCCUGCCAAACUUUGGAGAGGAGUUUGAGGAUGGGAAGAUCUGCUGGAUCUCAGGAUGGGGAGCCACAGAGGAUGGAGGUGAAGCAAGUGUGUCUCUGCAUUCUGCGAGGGUGCCACUGAUCUCCACCAAAGCCUGCAGUCAGCCUGAAGUUUAUCAGGGCUACAUCUCCCCUGGCAUGAUCUGUGCAGGAUACCUAGAAGGAGGAACCGACUCCUGCCAGGGGGACAGCGGUGGUCCUCUGGCCUGUGAGGACUUAUCUGUGUGGAAGCUGGUGGGAGCAACGAGUUGGGGUCAGGGCUGUGCCGAGAGAAACAAACCCGGAGUUUAUACACGCAUCACACAAGCUCUCACCUGGAUUCAUCAACAAAUGGAGAGAGAAGAAACACUGAACCCCUCUCCAAUCAGCUCAGACAACUGACAAAGCCGACAAGAUGAUUUAAAAAAAUUUUUUUAAACAGUGCACUGGAUUUUUCAUCCUGCACAGAUCAGUUAUAGACAUUACUAUAAACAGUGUUAUCGAUGCUGGAAUGUGCGGCAGUCUGCUACAGGCUUCGUAACCAUGUAUGGCUGAAUGACUUUACACUGAAGGCAGAAAGAUCCUUAAUCGCUGAAGGCUUCUGAUUAUUUUUGUAGCCUCCAAAACAACCAAAAAGGUUCCAACCUCCAAAAGGUUCAAUGAAUGAACAGAAAUACUACAGUGGAAUUUUGCAUGUUGAAUUUUGAAUGUUUCAGAGCAUGCAUUUUUUUAUAUUCAUAUUCUUCUAGCAAAACAAAUAAACUGUCUUCUUCCUUUUAGAAACACACUAAUGACUCCAAACAUCACUGUGUCCACACUCAAUACAUUGCAGUGUCUCAAGGGCACAAACUUUUCCCAGAAGUGGGAACAUGUCAUAUUGAAUUUUCAUGAAUAAAUAGAUCACUUAAUGUACUGAAAACAUUUAGAUUGUGCACAUAAAAUGAUAGCGAGUUUAUUAGCGCUACUCCACUUGGUCAAUAAAAAGGUCUAUACCACAGCAAUGAUGAAUUCUAGAUUCUGAUUGGUCAGAAAGUUUAAAGAAGAUUAAUUUCCUAAGCUCUGACAGUAAAGCCAGACAGUAGUAGAGGAGUUGUUUAUUUAGCAUUUAUUUAAGGAGUCUCCAGUGUCAGCGCUUUGCAACAGUCAGCAAGUUUUCUUCAGAACAAAGAACUUUAUACUUUCUCUGUAACAUGACAAGCUGCAAUUUUUUUGUCUUCCUAACUUCAAGACAGGAUGGUGAGCGAAUGACUGUUUAUAGCUGCUAUAACAUAAGUGAGAACAGGAACUAAAUCCAUAUCUGGAUUUCUGUUUGCUUUGUGACAGUCUCCGUUAGUAAAAGCGCUAUAUAACACAAUUGGAUUGAAUUAACGUGUUUCCAGGACAU